AAUAUCACGCACCACCGAGCUUGGCAGGCUAUUAAAUUGUCAGAGACAUAUCUGAUCGCUGCAGAUAAUGAAGUCAAUUCUCCUCAGUCCAUUUACAAAGGUGAGUGUACGAGCUUGGACAGUUAAGCGGCGACGCACCUUCAGUUUGUCCAGUGAGGAAUGAUCGAGUUUGGACUGUUGGGACAGAACGGAGUGAAAGACGAACAGGCAUAGCAACCCCGCGUACAAACAGCAAUACACCAUCGACUGCAAAAUAAGGACCGGUCGGCGCUGAAUUCCUGAUAACCCAAGGCUCUAAAAUGAGUGAUAUUUACGACAUUUCGUCACUGUACAGUCUGGAUGACGCAUACAGCAAACCGAUUUACUUUGAGGUGUUUAUCUCAAUCAUCGUGUGGACCCUGUGGCUCCUAUCUGGCGUAGGCAACGUUUUGGUCGUCAUCAUUUUCAUGCGGGACCGCACCCUUCGGAACAAGGUAGCCAAUCGGUACAUCCUGAACCUGGCCCUGGCCGACCUGCUUGUCGGCUUCAACUCCCUGACUAUCAAGAACAUCUGGCGCUACUACGGCAACUGGCCCUUUGGUAAGUUCAUCUGCAAGAUGUACGUGAUUGUCGACUACACCGUCGUCUGCCAGUCGUUCUUUGCAAUCACACUGAUCAGUUUUGACCGCUUCUUGCUCGUCACCAAAGAGCUGUCCUACAGCAAAUACCAGACCAAGCGGAUGGCCUGGACUCUAAUCCUUUCCUCCUGGACCCUCUCGUUCGGUCUCUUUGGACUGCCUGUCCUGCUGUACGAGCCACUGACCGAGAAACCAGUCCUAAAACCGUACAACAUUACCUGUUACCAGCAUGUGAGCUACCUGAGAGAUUACAACAUCGCUAUUCUGGUACUGACGUUCAUCAUCCCGUCAGCAGUCCUGGUUUUUCUUAAUCUGGCCGUUUUCACCAAUAUCUACCGGCGAUCCAAGGGUUUGGUGCGCACAAGGUCCCUGAACCUGACAGAGUCGACCAGCAACAGCGUGGAUGAGCAGCAGUGGGCUAGUCCAAGAAACCGAGGGGACAUUGGCCCAGCCCUUGAAACGAAUCUUACCCAGGAUUCGAGUGCUGGCGGCGCUGGGGUAUCACCGGGAAACAGCGUGCGAGUGGCUAACUUAAGCACCCGAACGAAAAUGGCGUCCUACCGGCGCCACUACAAGGCCGCGGUGACCCUGUCCAUCCUGGUCGGCGUGUUCCUUGUCUGCGCCACUCCCCUCUACGUCUUUAAGUGUUUGCUUUCCUUCAGUGGUAUAGACCAUGAUUGGAUAUGGUGGAACAUUGUCGAUUACAUGACCUGGGCCAACAGUUCCAUCAAUCCGUUCCUCUACGCCGUUACUAACCCCAAAAUGCGAGCGGGAUAUAAGAGCAUUUUGUGUUUCUGGAAGAAAUCACGCCCAACGCGAACUCUUGCGUUGUAAUCAGCUCUGUCAGGUAUCUGUCACUCUGUAC